AAAAGGCGGUUCGUGAUGUUGUGCGCAGUGAUGUUCCCUUAAGAGGUGUCACUCGGGCAUCCAGCGUCUUCAGAAUAUCCCAGGAGGGUUGUUGGUUGGUCGGUUGGUUUUUGUCUGAAAUUCGGAGGUCUGGGGGGGGGGGGUAAAGAGCCGGCAAAGAGUGAGCUUUUUAAACUUCACGCAGUGUUUGUCAUGUGAAAUCUUCAUCUGUUGAGAAAUAAUUCUCAGUAACCGGAGGGGCUUAUUUUAAAUGGGCAUCUUUUUGUCUCAAAGGCGUCUGCAGAUCUCCAUUGAGAACACCCCUGGAUGAGGUGCCAUUGUUGCCCAUGAAAAAUGAUUGGGUUUGCAACAUAAGGUUGGAGCACAUUUUAUUCUGCCAUUUGUGCCUCAUGCAGGGGCAUUAUGGUGAUGCACACACCAAGCUUGGUUCUGCCUCUCUUCAGUAGGAACAUCCUUUUUUAUCAAGCUACCAAUAUCCAAAUUACAGAUAAAAUAGGAGUUCCUCCGAUGCAUUUUUUCCUCUCCCAAGUGUCUCUAAAGCCAACAAGACUGGGGUUAUGAAGUCAGUCCUAGAUGGCCUCGCAGAUACAACUUUCCGAACAAUCACAACAGAUCUCCUUUACGUGGGCUCCAACGAUAUCCAGUACGAAGACAUGAAAGGUGACAUGGCAUCCAAGCUGGGAUACUACCCCCAGAAGUUUCCCCUCUCUUCCUUCAGGGGUGAUCCUUUCCAAGAAAAAAUGACUGCGGGAGAUGAUCCCCUGUUGAGCAUUAUUCCCUCAGAUCAGGUCAACAUCACAGAGUUUUACAACAAGUCCCUGUCCACAUUUAAGGAAAAUGAUGAGAACAUACAGUGUGGGGAGAACUUCAUGGAUAUGGAGUGCUUUAUGAUACUGAACCCCAGCCAGCAGCUGGCCAUUGCUGUGCUCUCACUCACCCUGGGCACCUUCACGGUCUUGGAGAACCUCCUGGUCCUGUGUGUCAUCCUCCACUCCCGAAGCCUCCGGUGUAGACCCUCCUACCAUUUCAUCGGCAGCCUGGCUGUGGCUGACCUUCUGGGCAGCGUGAUUUUUGUCUACAGUUUUGUGGAUUUUCAUGUUUUCCACCGGAAGGACAGCCCCAACGUCUUCUUGUUCAAACUGGGUGGAGUUACAGCCUCCUUCACCGCCUCCGUAGGUAGCCUUUUCCUCACAGCAAUAGACCGGUACAUAUCUAUACACAGGCCUCUCGCUUACAAAAGGAUUGUUACCCGACCAAAGGCUGUCGUAGCGUUUUGUGUGAUGUGGACCAUCGCUAUUGUCAUAGCUGUUCUGCCUCUGCUUGGCUGGAACUGCAAAAAGCUCAACUCUGUUUGUUCGGACAUAUUCCCUCUCAUUGACGAGACGUACCUGAUGUUCUGGAUCGGGGUCACCAGCGUUCUUUUGCUCUUCAUUGUCUACGCCUACAUGUACAUACUGUGGAAGGCUCACAGCCACGCUGUUCGCAUGAUUCAGCGGGGCACACAGAAAAGCAUCAUCAUUCAGUCCACGGAGGAUGGUAAGGUACAGAUCACUAGGCCUGAUCAAACUCGUAUGGACAUCAGGUUAGCCAAAACCUUGGUCCUAAUCCUAGUCGUGUUAAUCAUAUGCUGGGGCCCUCUCCUUGCCAUCAUGGUGUACGAUGUCUUUGGGAAAAUGAACAAGCUCAUCAAGACUGUCUUUGCCUUCUGUAGCAUGCUCUGUUUGCUGAAUUCAACAGUGAAUCCCAUCAUCUAUGCUCUAAGGAGCAAGGACCUGCGACACGCCUUCCGCAGCAUGUUCCCCACCUGCGAGGGAACGGCGCAGCCCCUGGACAACAGCAUGGAGUCUGACUGCCAGCACAAACACGCCAACAACCCGGGCAACGUGCACAGGGCUGCCGAGAGCUGCAUUAAGAGCACAGUUAAGAUUGCCAAAGUUACCAUGUCUGUCUCCACAGACACGACUGCCGAAGCGUUGUAAGUCAGAGACUUCUCGGUGUUUGUGGGAAAAGGAGUUAGUUUAAAAAAAAUAAAUAAUUUAAAAAAAUCAACAACAGAGAAAACCAAACCCAUGGCUUAACGUGUUUGUGCCCUCCUGUAAUAUUUUUCUUUGUUUGUCAUUGUAAGCUGAUGAUUGUGUUGAAAGAAUUAACGUCAGCCAGUUCUUCAGGUUUUACAAUAAGGGGUUCAAGCUAAAUUUUCAGAAGUGUUCUUCUUUUUUUUUUUUUUUUUCUCAAAAUGUGUUUACUGAAUAAUAGCAAGUUUCCUGAAAGAGCACAGAGAAAACACCAGGUUAGCAAUGGUUUCUUUUUGGGGGUGUGAAGAAAAAUUGUGAAACCUAAUUGAAAACUAAUGCAUCCUAAACCAAUACCAUCCAAUAAGACAAAAAGCCUUGUAAUCAUGCUGUUCAUUUCAAUGUGAAGUAUAUUCCAUGUCUGUAAGUAAUAGGAGUUCUUGAUUUUUCCCAAAAGCGGCAGUGCUGAGUUCUAGAAGUUCUGUAAAACGUGUCGUGUCCUGUGAGUUGUGUGCUGUUUUAUUAUGUGUUCUUGAUAUUUGUCUGAUGAAACAAAGUGAUAAGGUAGACUUCCGUGGAAAUAAUGUGAAAUGUGAUAUGUAAACCCCAUUGAAAACACAUAGUGUAUUUGAAGAAUUCCUACGAGCUAUUUUGGAAAUUUUACACUUUUGGUGGUCUUUUGUGGACUUAGAGGAGAGGCUUUGUGUUCUUCUAGUAAAAUUAUUCCCCACUACCUUUUACUUUCACAUGCAUACGAGAGUUAACAGCAACAGAGGAAUAGAGGAGUGUAAGAGGAACGCACUGGUUCAGACUUCUAAAUACCACUGCGUUUAUAUGGAAAGACAUUUAUAGCUGUACAGACUAUUGCCCUGCUCUUGGGCUUUGCAUGAAUACGAACAUUGAAAAGCAAAGGUCCAGGAUUUUGGCUCCUUUAAUGGGCAACUGGUUUUAAGCCACGUGCUGGUGCUGGACCACUGAAGACAGCAUGUGUCAGACUCCAUGUGCGAUGUUAUCACUGUGCAGUCGAUGUAUACUUGAAGUGUGUCACAUUCCUGUAUCCCAGGCUUAAGCAGAUUCAGAGCCUGAGAUGCCAAACUCCUGUCUUCACUAAAAGAGGAGGAAAUAUUGUCAGACUUAGACAUUUUCUUAUUGUGUGAGCGUGUAUAUAAAUAAAUAUCUACGUGUGUGUGUGUGUGUGUAAGUAUACUAAUCAGUGUGAGUCAUGGUAGCAUAACUAAGAUAGGACACUGACCAAAUGUGAACUGUAUUUCUUGUUGCACGCUUUGCACACGAAUUCCGUUUCUAAAAUUGAGUUCUUCCAACUGGUUACUGAUGAAAGUACCAUACUGAGAACAUCCUGACUCACUCUGAGAGGUGUAUCCACAUGCUAGAGAAAGCAGCCUUUUAGGUGUACUUGAGAAUAAGUGGAAAUGAGAUAGAGCAUGACAUGAGCCUGCCCUGACAAAUGCAGUGGCUGUCGAUGGUGUUCCUCAAAACUGAGAAAGCCAGAAGUAAAUUGUAAUUUGUGUUAAGGCCAUCAGUAUUCAAACCUGGUGAUUGCUUUAAAUAAGUUGAGUCUAACUGUGAAACCAGGCUACAGAUGACAAAGUUUGGCACUAACAGCUUGGAGGAAGAAGUGACUGGAGGAAAAUGGUGACUAUUCCAUGGUGGGUUUGUUUCUUCAGUCUGGGACUUUCACAAGGAGCAUGUUACUGGAUAGUCUUUGAGGUGGGGAUAUUCUGUAGUGCUGUUCUGAAUCAGAAGGUCUGGGGUUCUCUCCUCUGCUGCCUUGCUUUUUUGGACCAUUUCCUCACCCUUCUUCUGGCUGAUUUCUGCCAAAAUAGCUGCAAAAGUGGCUCAGCCCAUUAGCUGCCUGACUCUUGCCGCAAGAGGGGUGAUUCCCUCCAUGGCACCUGGUGAGUGGAGCCAAAUCCAUGCUGCCCUGGCACCUCUCCUUGGGGUGAUGUCAGGAGUGAGGGGGGCAGCAGCCUGGGGUCUCUUUCUGCCAUGGUACCCCCAUGGUGUUUCUGAUACCUCAGUGCAGGCCAGAGCAGCCAGUAGGGCAGUCAGCCCAUCCCAGUUCAGCCAGUGGCUCUGUGGGGGCAGACAUGGCUCCAAGUUCAGGCUGGGUGAGGGUGGCACUUGUUAAAAGAUCUCAUCAAGCAAGGUGCUGGGCAGCAGCUGGAAGUCACAGGGGUACUUUUCUCCUCCACUUCCCUCCCCUGCUGCUUACCCAGGUGGUAGGACAGGGCACCACGCUCCGGAGGGGGCUGUGGCAGUCAGCCAAAACCAGUGGAUUGCAGAGGAUUCCUGGAGGAUGCACAAUUCCUCCUGAAAGAUCUAUCUCAGAUCUAAGCCUAGUCCAUCCUAAAGCAGUCCUCUUGGAGGAGGGGAGGAAAGCCCAUUUGAAAUGUAGAGGUAUUUUAAGAGCCAUUUUUGAAACUGUACUUGGGAAUUAAAUGCAAACUUCGUGGACCUUCGUUGUGCAUUCAAGUUCAAAAUUUUACAUGAUAAAUCAUGGGACAAUGGGGCUGUCUUGGCACUUAACUUGGUGCUUACUGAUAUAAUAAGAAAUAGCAUCCUGUGAAAUGUUACUGUCUAUCAUCAGUAUCUUCAUUUGCAUAAUGAGUUUUUCUAAAGCUCUGGGAACUGUCAGUUCACUUAGAACCAUUUAUUUAAGAGGUGGCAACAAUUUCCCUACACAUUGCUUGGAAAGUAGAACAACUCUUUCAUUAGAAAAAUUUCCCACCAUUCCAAGAUAAGUUGUACUUAAACUUCAGCUUUAGGUAUUCCUGAUUUGCAGUUGCCAACCUUCUUCACUUAGUGAUCACACAGCCAAAUGAUGCUGUGUUCCAAAGCCACCCACACACCAUCAUCAUCAACCAACCAACAACAGUUGUAGUUAAGUCUGUGUACCAAAUCCAAGUGUCGUGUAUAGAAGACCUUCUGUGUCACAUGUGUGCAGAGUUAGAUUCUCAACAGUCUAAUUGUAUAUUUGUAUAAUAUAAUCUCGAUGCUGUGCAAUCACCAUCCACAUCUUGCACUGGCCUUUCAAUGAAAAUUUUAGUGUGUCUGUUGUGAGACAGGCAGUGCAUUUUACCUGCUGUUAUUGGGCUGAAUGUAUGUAAAUAAGUGAAAAAAAUUAAAAAAAUAAUUCAUCUGUACAAGCAGUGGCCUAAGAAGUCUGUAAUUGUAGACUAGGACAAUUGUUGAUGUUGCUGUGACAUCUCAAAUACUACCUUUGAAUAAACUGUUUACAGGGUCUCUUGGGAUGCUGUUUAAUAGUGAAAGGAAAAUCUUUCCUUGUGAUAACAUGAGGUAAAGAAAUUGGAUUACCUGAGCUUUUUAUUUCCAGUGUUUCAAAGUGGAAAACAUAACUCUUUAUUGUCUGUAAAAUCUAACAUUAUUACUUCCUCUUAGAAGAAUAUUGUAUCAUUAGAUGUUUGUUUGAGCUGGUAACAUCCUUGCAACUGCUGCAAUAUUUUUCAUUAGCAACCUGUAUAAUAGUUUGUACACAAGUACUGUUCAGAUUGUCAUGAAAAGUAGCUUUGACCAUUGACCUACCAGUAGCAGAAUAGUAUUUCUGUAAGAUUUCCAGUGUAUUCCUACCAUAUCAUACUUUAUUUCUAUAAUGUAAUUAAACUGUUAUUUAUUCAAGGAGAAAAAGUAUUCCUCUACUUUUUUGUUUUCCAAAUUUUGAGAUAACAGAGGAAGCCACGUGAUGCUGCUGCCUCAUCCCACAAUCUGGUGCUCUACGUUUUGUUUAUAAGUUUGUCUGUCAGAUUCUGAAACAACUGCUUAAACAACUUGACAACAGGUUGUCAGGCUUUGUGGGUUUUAAUUGUACGUUGAUGUUUGAAGGAUGAGGUAGAUUAUAUAUUUUAUACUUGUGUAUUCAGUACUAUGGAGACAAGAGAGAAGUGACAUAGUUAAAACUGAAUCUCCUGUUGCAUUAUGUAGGCAAUUUCCCCUUUCCUCUGUAUUAGCCAAAAUGCAAUAAAUCUCUUUUGCCUUCCUCA